AUGAUCACGGCUUUGGAGGCUUCAUCGUCAACUCCUCCAAACAAUGAUGAUUUGCUUCAACAAUCUACAUCAUCAUCUUCAUCACAAAAUAAUGAAAAUAAUAUUCAGCAUGAUAAUCAAGAGAAUAAUCAGUUGUCAGCAUCACAAGUUGUGGAUGUAAAUAAUAACAGUAUUAAUCAUAUUAAAAUUAAUAGAGAAUGUGUGAUACCAGAUAAACUAAUCAAGACGUUGGAAAAUUGUGAGGGAAUUGGCUUUGAACAAUGUCAACAAUCACUGCAAGAAUUAUGGAAAAGGUAUCAAAUUAAAAAUCAUUUGGAAAGACAGAUAGAAAAUAGUGAAUUAUCGUUCCAUAGUUUUGAGUCACGAUCAUUUGGAUUGACUAAAUUCUAUCACUUUUCGAGUAGAGGGAAGAAAGGAAAUAUUGGAACAAAUGGUAAAAGUGGAAAAGAUGGAAGAUUCGGAAGCAAUGGGAAAACAGGUAUAAUUGCUGAAUUUAAAGAUGAAGUGGAAAGAGAAAUGAUUGAUAGAAGAAGAUUGAAUGGAUGUGAUGGAGAAGAUGGCACAAAAGGUCAACUUGGUGGUGAUGGAUCUCAUGGAGAAGAUGCUCAAGAUAUUUAUUUAAAAUUACUCUCUAAGGAUAACAUGAUUUCUUUGAAUGGAUCUUUUGAAGCUAAUUUUGAAAUUAACGAGAAUAAUUUAUUUAUUGUUGAUGCUAGAGGUGGAAAUGGUGGAAGAGGUGGAAAUGGUGGACAUGGAGGUAAUGGAGGCAAUGGAGGAUCAGGAGCCAACAGUAGUUUUGGUAAAGGUGGUAAUGGAGGAAACGGAGGAAAUGGAGCUAAAUCAGGAAAGGGUGGAAAAGGUGGCUCUUCUGGAAAGGGUGGAAAUAUAGUAAUCGAGUCUGAACACAGUGAACUCUUUGUCUUUUUCAAAGCAUUUUCAAGCUGUGGGAAACCAGGUGAUGCUGGAUUUAAUGGUAGACCAGGAAUUGGUGGUUUUGGUGGAGAUGCUGGCUGUAAUGAGAUUUCCCACGCCGAGAAUGGAAAACAUGGUGAAAAUGGUGCUGAUGGAACAGCUCCUCAUCCAUCCAGUCCUGGAGAAAUGGAUGAAUGUGGAAAAUUUUUAUUUAUUGUAACUAAUGAGAAUGGUGAAAUUGUUGAAUAUUCUAAUUCACUGUAUAAUGUAAUUGUGAAAGAUUUUCAAAUUGUUCCAGUGUUUGAUGAUGGAGUUUUGUCUCCAGGUGAGGAAUGCUACAUUACCAACAUUGUAAUAGAAAACAAUGGUUCUCUAAUGCUUCCAAAUUUGAAAGCCAUCCUCAAAUUCCCAGGUGUUUCCAGUCAUGAACUACCUUUACCUGCCAUCAAACCAGGAGAAUCUAUUAUCAUCGAUGAAAAAUUUUAUUUCAAGAUUGAAUCUGAACCAAUAAUGAAAAUAGCUUCCAAUGUCUCUAUAUUAGGAAAGGAAUUUGAAAAUGGUGCUCGAUUAGAGAAAUGUGUAGAAUGUUUGCUCCCUAUUAAUGUUUCCUCUUUUAAUUCACCACAAACAAUGGGAAGAACUGAGAAGCAUACAUGCAGUUUUGAUUUGGUCAAUACUACAAACCUACCAUUUAAAGCAAGUAAGAACAGACUAGCUAAAGUUAAAAUAGUAAUGGAUGAUAAGGAUUUAAUAUGCAGUCGAACAACAGGUUACGAAGAUACUAACUGUAAGCUGACACUUCACGAUGGAGCCUUGGAGAAGGAGGUUGAAUUGGAUGUUGGAGAAUCGCAAACCAUUACUUUUGAUAUUUCGGUCUCCAGAGACGCUUCAUUCUUUGUUGACAAGUGUUGGAAAUUGGAAAUCUACCUGAAAUAUGGACAAGAAUAUCUCCUAACACAUUCCAGAAAGAUGAAUAUUCAAAUCAUACCUCACUACAUUAUUUCAGAAAAAGCUUCAGAGUUUGAUUUACUCUUUGUCAUUCAUCCACAAAUGUCGCAUAAGGAAUUCUUGAGAUAUCAAAAUAUUAUGGAUGGACUUGGACUCAGAUGCAAUUAUUGGGAUAUCAACAAGGAGAAUGGUUUCAGUUUUAAUCAAGCCAAAGUGAAACUUUCCUAUAGAUGGUUACCAGAUUUUUCAGGUAAAUUGAUACUAUUCCCCCUUAUUGCUGAAGCAACAUCUCGAGAAAGCUUUUCACAAAUGGUAAUGUCUCACACAGUUAUAGAGGAUGAGUUUGUCUUGGUUUCUCAAGAGGAAGACAUUAGCAAGAGCAUUAAUGAUGCUGCAAACACUGAUUACGAAAGAGACCAGAAGAAGGUUUGCCAAGAAUUGUUUAAAUUCAUAGACUACGACGAUAUUAUGAAGCAUUUGAGUAAUCCAAAUUCUGCAUUUUUAAUUUUGAAUGGACCUGAAACUGAAGUUCUGAUUGACUAUCUCUUCACAUGUGUAAAACCAAUUGAUAUUGAAGAGGAUUAUUUAUCAGGAAUGUCAGUUUUUACUACUCCUUCAGAAGACACCUUCAUUAGAAAAUGCAAUGAUUAUAUUGUCAAGAUGAAAGAUCAAUUCCCAAGUAAGAUGUUCCGUCUCAAUAAUACAUUUUUCAAUAGACAAAAAAAGAGCCUUACUAAAACCAAACUAGGAGAAGCCAAUUACCAAACGCUUUCUCCUCUGAAAGUCAUAGAUAGAUUCUUUAUUCUUCCAAACUUUGGAUGCUUGGAUGAUGAGAAAAUCUACCUCCACAAAACUGUCACAUUUUACACGAAUUCAAAAUUUUUCUGCGUACUCUAUGCCAUACUUUGUGGAUUGUCUGUACAGAAAAAGUUAGAUGUCCUGAAGGCAAGUCAAGAUAGUGAUUCAGCAAUAGCAUACGCUGAAAAUUGGACAUUCAGAUAUCAUGAGGACCAAAGAGAGGAAUAUCGUCUCAUUGACCUUGUCAAGAGUACUUUAUAUUAUGACCUUAUUCAAGAAUUUUUCUUUAAGGAUUUGGGUUUAGGACGAUUGGAUGAAUUGGUGAAAUAUGUUUCUAGUAAUUUACUUGAAUUUGCCUUCCAAGAUGGUAUCUUUAUUAUUUGGAAUUUAUUCACAUUAUUGGAAAAGGCCAAAUUUUGGAGAUCUUGGUCCAAGUUGCAAUCCUUGGUAAACAAACGUACAGAACUUGUAAAUAUGAAGAAAGGAGUACAAACUCUAUUAUUCGAAGGUAAAAUGGAACAAUGUGUGAAUUAUCUGAUGGAAAUCAAAGAGGAAGCGGAGGCAGCUUUUGAACUCCCUCGUUUCUUCUACGUGUUUGAACACCCUCUUAUGGAAAUGGAUGUGGCUUCAAAGAUUGUGGAAGAAUUUAAGGAAUAAAUAAUUUUAACUGUUGG